GUUCAACGCUGCACGUGCAGCGUGCACUGGUUUCAUCAACUUUGUUAUUAUCACUACUAUCUGACUAGUAUCCUCUGAAAAGUAUCACAUGCAAUACGCAAGCCUGGAGUUGAGUUGGUCCUUCUAGUCCUGACUCCUAGCCAUCAUCCCAGCUUGAAAUAUUGAUAACUGCCAGUCCCGUUGAACGCGUUAUCCAAUCCCUACUACUUCAACUCACCUUUUGGCAUUGAACUCGGGGACACGAUGUUGGGCCAGCAGUCUCGCGACAGUUUGCGCCUUCUGGCCAGGAUACCACCAAUACCAUUUUUUAACUUGCAGAAGUUACCGCGCAGCCAGUCGACGACGUUAGUGCUGUCGGCCUCCAAAUAUAUCUUCUUCGUCUUGCUAUUGAUUAAUUUUCGGUCUCUACCAUUUGCCUGGCACAUUCGCGUAUUCCUGCCAGUCCUGCGACUCCGUCUCCAGUACUACCUCCUACGACUUCGCAUCCUGUUCAGGCCCAAAGAGGUCAGGACAAGGAUCCUUGCCGACUGGGGCGAAGGUUUAUGCCCAAUUGGCGCAAACCCCUUCGAGCUCGUGGCCGUUCAACAUGGCUGGACAAGUGUGGACGACGCCGAUUACAACGGACACCUCAGCAAUUCAAGUUACGCGAAGGUCCUCGAUAUAGCUCGCUUGAAACUGGUUCUGAAGGCCAUCCCUUCGUUCGCAAGGAGUGGUGGGUGGAUGGCUCUGGGGUCUACUCACUUUCAUUUCAUUCGAGAAAUACCGUUCCUGAGGAGCUACGAGAUAAGACUCUCCAUCGGGGCAUGGGACCAUAAAUGGAUGUACCUUAUUGCUCGCUACGUCUCUUUCCCAAAGAACAGACAUAGUGAUACCACCUAUAAACUACAUGUAGACGAAUCAGGUCAGCAACUGGGGACUAAUAACGAUAGUGCCGGACUAUCAAAGACACCGACAACAUCAAAUGACUUUCCUCGGAUUUUGCUGAGCACGCCUGCGGAAGACUUGACCACCCCUGCGACCCCCGGCAGUGUAACUGAAGCAGAUUCCAACCUUCAAGCUGAAAAGACAGCAAAGGCAAUGGAAGGCCUGGCUGCUGCACAGUCAAGAAUGCUUGAGUCCGACGGUGCCGUACUUCACUGUGUGGCGAUCUCACAUAUUUGCUUCAAGCACGGCCGCAUUACAGUGCCUCCUGGCGUUAUUCUCCCAUGUGAAGCCGCGCCGUUCUCGUCGACGAACCCUCCCCCUCACUGGAAGAAAGCCCAAGCAUUACGCGUCGCUCCAUCAGGCAGCAUGCCCGCAUUUGCAAAAUUUCUGAAAGGAGGCUGGCGCGAUGUGCCUGGAGACGAAAGGUGGUGGGAGGAUGCACUGGAUGGGCCAAUAGAAGAGCAGCGAAAGGCAAAUAUCGAAGUCCUUGAUUCCAUCAGGAAAGGGAUGGAAGGGGCGAGGUUCAUUGGAUAGUUAGUGAAAAAGUUUUCCAUAUCACCGAAAGCUAGCUUUCACUAAAACCACGUAACUCAUGCCUCCUCUCGCCUCAACCCUGUUGUUGGUCGAGGCUAUAAGACGGCUUUCUUCUCAUCGAAGGCAGCCUCACUUACACACGGAUUUUUGCCGCCGAGUCCUUUUCCAAUUUAUUGUUGGCCCAAAGUAAGGGGCAAAUUUCGGAGAUGCGCGUUCAAAAUCGCAGUCACACAAUAUAUUAUUGCCAGCUCGACGCUCGACCCGCGGCGUUGGCAUUGGCGUCGUAUUGUUCUCAUUCCAGCCAGAACUGACACUGACUACCGAG